AUGCAUGUGAUGCUGCAUUCGAACAUCAUCAUCAUCAAAAUUGAUGAUGUUAUGUAUGUGUUUUGGCCAAACGAAUAAGAAACUGGAUCGAUUCUCAUGGGAUUGCAUGCCAAAUGUAUAACUGUGAUGACUGGAUUGGAUCCAUUCGUAACAUCAGCAGCAGCAGCACGUUGGCAGAUUGUAAACAUUGGCCCGGCCAUUAUGGAACGAUGAUUGGAUGUAAAUCGUUUUCCAUGGAUAAGUGAUUCUUUUUUCCUUUUUUUUAUAUGUCUGGGCGUACUGUUCAAAUAUCAAUUUGAUUUUUUGUUAACAUUUGAUUUCGAUUUUACUAUACAUAUACAUAGAGCCCCAUUCUAUUUGCCUAAUGAUUCAUAUUCGAAAACUCGUAGCAAUCCAUUAUCAAUAUUCACAUGUUUUUUCCCAUUUGGAAUUUGUUGAAGAAUAAUGGAUGGGAAUUUGUGGUUUUGGUGCUGUCAGCAAGCAAUGCCAUCAAUUGUAAAACAAGGCCAUUUCGGAUGCCACACACACAUACACCCGCAGUCACACCUUACACACUCUCAUCUGUUUUCCUUGCAUGGAGGUGUGUAUUGUAAAGAAAAAAAACACACACACGCCAAAUGGACUGUUUCCCAUCAUCAUCAUGAUCAAAAUCAACAUAAUGAUACGACAACUAUUCAAUAGGAUCGAUGGAUCGGGAUUUACGGAUUCGUAUCCAUUAUAAGCAGAUCAGGUUACGUGAACGUUACUAACCAUCCUAUUAUAAUAUACACACACACACACAAUCUUCAUUCCUCUUCACCAAGUUUUACUACAAUUGGCCAUCAAUCGAUCGUAUAGCCACGCUUGGAAAAUAUCGGUCGUUUAUUUGACUACCAUUUUCAAUUUUUAGUGAUGAAUCAAAAUUAUCGAUAUCGAAAAUAUUGGAUCCUGAUCGGCCAACGUAAUAAUGAUCUGCUGCUUAUGUUGCUAAACACAGUGGUGGUAGUAUUUUGUCCCGAGUAGAAGCAAUGCUGAUUGUUACCGGGAUCACUGUAUCCUCACACACACACCAAAAUGAUUGCCGGGAAACACUGCAUUCAAAAGUUGCACAUUUUGUGUAUAGCGCCAGUCGACGUUUGGCCAUCACGUUGAACUGUACGUAUGUAUAACGUUUCUUUGUGAGGCCAAUGAUGAUAUUUGAAUCCAUGUUUAAAAUUGUUUGAAUUUUCAAUUUCAUUGAGAUGAUGAAUACAUCGUACAAUUCAUGACAACCCAAAACGAAUUUGUAUUCGAUAAGACGAUUUCCUAAACCCAGUGACACACCCGCCUUAGAAGAAUGAUGUUGCUUUCAAUUAUCAGCCACUUGUCAACUUGUGAACAAUCAAAUUUUCUUAUGUGUGUAAUAUGUGAAUCAGAUUUAACGGUGACAACUAUAAGAAAAAACAAUAACGAUCAUUAUUAUUAGCUAAAAAUGUUCAAAAUGAUCGAUUGAAUCUUAUGGUGAAUGUGUUUCAGAAAUUUCAAUGAAUGUGAACAUUGAUUUUAUUCAACAAUCCUCAUUUUACAACGUUUUCUUUGUGAUGAUAAAUUGCUGGCCAAUUGUUGGCAAUUUAUAUAUUUCUGUUGGUAUAAAUCAUUGCCUUCUAACUUUGAAUUUCCCUCGGUAAAACAGGCCAUCAUUUAAGCCAACUAUGAACAUCCUUGAUGGUUCGAAUGAUAUGAUUUGCAAUCGGCCAUCCAUUCAUUCAUCCAUCAACACCCAUAGUUAACCAGCCCAUCUUAUCAACGAAGGAUUUGAUUUCAUUGAUUCAAGCAUCGAGAACAAAGUUAUUGUCAUAUCGAAUUUCAUUUUUUUUCAGUCUGGUAUUAUUUGACGCCAUUUUCAGCACAAUUUGAACUCGAUAUAUUAAUUAUAAUUAAGACGAUGCAACGGGUCGAACAGACACAUGGUCACGCGAUUAUUGUUGAGCAUCAUCGAUAAUUUUAUAGGAUUCUUACAAUUCUGUAUCCAUAGUUGACAAUUCGAUUUAUCACAUCACCGUUUUUCAUCACAUCUUCAUUCUUUCUGUUUCAUCUCAGUGAGAGGAUAAUUUUUUUCAUCUCUCCAUUUUGUGAUUUUAUUCCUAAACUGGUGUACCCAAUUUUGUAAACAAUGUGCAAUUGUUAUUUGUGCUACCCUUGAGCUAAAAAAAAUUUUGGCACCUUUAUUGUUAAAUUUGGUGCUGUAUCCUUGUGUGUGUGACAUGAUUGUUUUAUCCAAAACAUGGCAUCAUCUUUCAAACGUCAAUCAGAUGACCUACGGCUAUCGAUCGGUCGGGUCAAUGAAUUGUCUUAUACAUCAUCAUUAUUAUCAACAACAACAAAAACAACGGUCAAAAAGCUUUAUUGUCAUGAUCAAGAUGAUUUCAUAGAUGUUCAUCAUCAUCAAUAUUGGAACCGACUUAUUGUCAGCUGCAAUUCAAUUUUCCUGAUCUGGAUAUGGUGCGCGCUUUUGACCGUAUGUUUUUUGGCAAAUGUUGGCCACAUUGAAUGUUUCGAAUCCUUCAAUGAUCUCGAACAAACGUUUACAUCCAUAUGUGAGCCGAAUGGAAUCAAUGCUCUCGGUAUGGAAUCCGGUGUUAUACCCGAUUCAGCACUCAGUGCUUCAUCUAGCUACAAUGAACAAAGUGUUGGACCACAAAACGCCAGACUGAAUCGUGAAUUAAAUGGUGGAGCAUGGUGUCCAUCCAGUCAAAUUAACCAAACCAAUUCCGGUCACGAAUGGAUUCAAAUCAAUUUAACUGAACCGUUUGUGAUUACCAAGAUAGCCACACAAGGAAGAUUUGGUAACGGUAUGGGAGUUGAAUUUGCCGAAGUAUUCUGGCUCAACUAUUCUCGUGAUGGUAUCAAGUGGACUCGUUGGAGCAAUUCAUAUGGAGAAUUUGAUAUCCAAGGAAACAUGGACACGUAUUCGAUUGUUGAAAAUAUUUUAACCAUUCCAUUGGUCGCUGUGACAGCCAUACGAUUAUUGCCCGUUUCAUCAUAUACCCGAACUUGCUGCUUACGAUUUGAAAUCUAUGGCUGUCCUUAUCAAGAUGGCCCAAUUUCCUAUUCAAUGAUGGACGGACAAUUGAAUGGCCGUUUUGGUGAUCUUAUUGACCAUACAUAUGAUGGAUAUCGUUCAGAAACUGGGUUUUUAAGCGAUGGACUUGGCCAAUUAGUAGAUGGUAUACGUGGUGAUGAUAAUUAUAAAGUAAAUAAAGGAUUCGAAUGGAUCGGUUGGAAAGCAAAUACACAAAGUGUUGUAUCAAUUACGUUCCGUUUUGCUGACAUUCGCAAUUUUACCGCAGCCACUUUCCAUUGUCAUAAUAUUUUCACCAAGGAUAUACAAGUGUUCCAUUCGGCACAAAUCUGGUUUAGUUUAGAUGGCAGACAAUGGGCACCGAUUCCUGAAGAUUUUGCUUAUAUGCCCGAUAUGGUUGUAGAGAAAGCACGCGAUGUAGUCGUUCAUCUUCAUCAUCGUAUCGGUCGUUUCAUCAAAUUCGAUUUCAGAUUCGCUGCCAAAUGGCUGCUGAUUAGUGAGGUCACCUUUGAUUCCAGUCCCAUCAAUCGAGGAUUAUCAAUCAAUGAAUUGGAUUUCGUUGACAGUCGACCGAUUGCUACGACUGCUAUACAAACCUCGAGCAGCACACAUAGGAAUAUUCUAUAUAAAGAGCCAUUUCUUUUCAUUGGUUCUGCAAUAAUGGUUGCCCUACUCAUCGUCAUAUUCAUCAUCAUGUUGAUAUGGUUGGCACGCAAACGAAAAGAAAAGAUAACUGGUUCUGAAUAUACGACCGUUCCAAUGAAAGAUGUUUCGCCGUCUGCAAUCUAUUGUGAGCCACAUCGUUUUCAUCAUACAGGCUUUCCUAAUAAUAGUCCAGAUCCCGAAUAUGCUGUGCCCGAUUUAAUCGGCAAUGGACCCUCAACAUUUAUGGCGAACAAAACCAGUAAUUCAUUGCUAAUCAUGAGCCGCCAACCUCAACCAUUAAUUUCCUCGUUUACUAAAACUAUGAUCAACCAAGAUGAUGGAAAAGCUCGAUAUUAUGCAUCGACCGAUGUCCUCUUACGCAAUGGCAGUGAUCAUGCUCCCAACGCUAUCCACACUGGAUUGGCAAACAAUAUAUUUGCUGUUAAUCGUAAUGGAAAUAGUCAGCUAGUACCAGUUGCUCCACUUCCUGGAUGCACUGCAAGUCAAAUUUUUCCCAAACACGAAUCAGCCCCAUCAUCACUAUCAUCAAAUACAUCGAAAGUAUUGAAACUCAAUUCAUCCACACCAUCGUCUUCGUUAAAAAGCUAUGAGAAUACUCCAUACAAUAACCGCAAUGGCUCACCACAAAAUCUUCCGGUUCCCUUGUUAAAGGACAAAGAAGUAAGCAUUAUCGAUGGUCAUUUUGGUUAUAACAAAUACGGUGACUGUGAGCUUGGCUAUCUCUGCCGAAAAAAUGACAAACAAUUGGUCAUUUUGAAAACGUUGUCUUCGGACGAUCUUAAAUCUCAACAGGAAUUCAUGCAAGAAAUGAACGAAAAAUGGCACUUAUCGAAUCAAUGCCAGAAUACUUUUGCUCGGUUGUAUGGUUACAUAUCCAAAUAUGACUAUCUUGCCAUGGUCAUUGAAUAUGGUGAUAUGGAUCUCAAGAAAUUUCUUCGUAACUGUUCACCAUCGCUCAUACGGAUCGGACAAUUGGUGGAAAUCGCUCGACAAAUAGCUGAAGCGAUGCAAAAUUUACAUGUUCAUGGUUUUUUUCAUCGUGAUCUAGCCGCUCGGAAUUGUCUCAUAUAUCAAAAGAAUCUUCAAGUUAAAAUCACUGAUACGGGUGCCUCGAACAAAGAUUACAAAAAUGAAUAUUACCAACAAAUUUUUCCUGUUCGAUGGAUGAGCUAUGAAACGGUUAUCAAAAGUACUUUCACUAGCAAAAGUGAUGUGUUCAGCUUUGGCGUAACUCUUUGGGAGAUUAUGAAAUACUGUCAGUCAUUGCCUCAUCAAUUACUCAGUGAUGAUGAACUUUUGUCUGAGAUUUUUAACGAUGACCAUGUGGAAAAGAUGUGCGAUUCCUCUUCAGCCUUUUACAAUCAUCCAUUCAACGAUUCCAAUGAUUCUAAAUGCCUACUUCGAUUGACCAAACCGAAAGAUUGUCCUGAUGAUAUUUAUGAUUUGAUUGUCGAAUGUACGCAACAUUCGAUAGAUUCUCGUCCAGAAUUCACCGAGAUAGUUCAUUUUCUGCAGACAAAAAGUCUGGCUUUACAUCAGCUAUAGACAUUUUUGGGUUUUUUUAAUCAUCAUGGACAGAAUUUAAAUUGAGUGAUCAUAUCUCAACCAUUGACACGAAUUGUGAUAACCUUUUUUUGGUUUUGUUAAAUGUAAUUUUUUUUUAUUAUUUGAACUGAUUUUCUUUGUUUCGUGCUAAUUUGAUGACCACUUUGUACAAUUGUAAAAAGCAUAAUGCCCACCUAAAUUGUACAUUUACUAUAAUAAUGUGUCUGUAUAUUUUCAAACAAUUAAAUUGGCUGGCCAAUA